AUGUUAAUACAAAAUGGUAUUACAAUAGCUGGAGAAAAUAGAUUUCGCAAUGGACUUGAUCAACUGAAUCGUCCAUCCAGCAUAUCUAUUGAUGAGAAUGAAACUAUGUAUAUUGCUUAUUAUGGUAAUCAUCUUAUUGUAAAAUGGAAAAUUGGAGCAAAGAAAGGUCGUGUAACUACUAGAGAUAGUGUUGAAUUAUAUGAUCCAUUAACAAGAAAGUGGUCAUCAAUUGAUAGUUUGAUAAAUAUACGAGGAAGUCAUACAGGAACUAUUUUAAUAGAUGGAAAAGUAUUAAUUGCAGGUGGAUAUAAUCGAAUUAAUGGUUCUCUAGCUACUGCUGAAUUAUAUGAUCCAAGAUCAGGUACUUGGACAAUUACUGGUAAAAUGAAAAUAGCACGAAUGGACCAUACAGCAUGCCUUUUAAAAAAUGGAAAAGUAUUAGUAGCAGGGGGUUCGGAUAUUACUGCAGAAUUAUAUGAUCCAAUAAGUGGAAAUUGGUCUUAUACUGAUAGUAUGCGUUACGUCAGAAAACAACAUACAGCAACUCUAUUACCUAAUGGAAAUGUUUUAGUUACAGGUGGAUUUAAUACCGAUGCCACAAAUCGAGUGGAAAUUUAUGAUCCAUUAAUAAGAAAAUGGACAACAACUUUUGAAAGAAUGAAUUAUGAACGUUAUAUGCAUUACAGCAUCAUUAUUACCUAA